CAAAAACAUACACUUAUAGCCGUCUCGCUAUGCCAUGAUGCGGAGCCAGCUUCGAAAUUCUUUGAACGUCGUUGCAGUCAUAAUACUUCUUUUACCAACCGCCACGUGGCAAAAUCAUCUAGAAAUCAAUGACUGGGAACUAAUUGGAAGCAGAACAUAUUCUUGGAAAGGAAACGAAGUAUUAAGAUGUAAACAUUGGGAUAAAGUUGCAAUCAGAUGGCACUUAUCAACAUGUACCGAACAUGGAGUUUGCGAUGGAGGAACCAAUGUGGAUUACGCUACUCGAGCCCAAAACUGGACCGAGAUGCCAGUUUGGAGAAAUGCGUUCACCUAUGUGCAGAUUCCGGGUCAACUGCAGAAAACAAAAUUUCUACGACUAGGUCUUACUGGCUACGACAGUAGGAAAACCCAACUCGAAGCAUUUUCACCACUAAAAAUUGAUGUGGAUUGGAGAUGGCAAGUUACUCGGGACGGAUGCAAUAAUUUCGUUGUCAGAAUGUCCGCAAUGAGCAUGAUCAACGAAAAAAUGCGUCCAAAAUUGGAGCGAUUCUGCCGUCUCUUUGACAAAGACCAUUUCGUAGAUUGUACUAAUCUCUAGUUUUUUGUUCCAAAAUGUUCAUCAGCUUCCCCACACCGCCUAUCAUCCUCUACUUGUGUCCUCUAACUCCUAAAGGGUCGAAUAAUUUCAAAAAACAUGUCAAAAUGUGAUUCACUUUUCAUAAGUUCGUCCCCCUUCCCCCAUCCCCUCCACUGCUUUAUCUUCUGUAAAUAUGAGUGCUCUCUCAAUUUAUAACAGGUAUCCCAUAUAUCAAAAAUAUUGAUCAUUUUAUUGAAUCAAGUAAUAAUAAACAAUAUCCAAGUUU